AUGCGCACCUUGCUCAGCAUUGCGCCAGUGUCUGUACCUGGCCGUAGACGAAUCAUUCCGGUAGCUGUUGUGCUGAUUCUCACGGCGCUCUACAUUCAUUCAUGGGUAUUUGUCCGUUUGCUGUAUCCCGGCCCGACCAAGCUCCCCACCCAGAUAACGCCCGACGCGCAUCCCAUCACGCAGCUGAUAUCGAAUGCGACGGCGCAUUUUGAGAGCUUGCUCAGAGAACGAUCAUUUACACUCAAAGAUGCCGCGGAAAAAUACCGACAGCGGCGUGGCCGACACCCUCCCCCGGGAUUCGACGCUUGGUUCAAACAGGCCAUGAAAGACGACGCCAUCGUUGUGGAAAGCUUUUUCGACAGAAUCCACCACGACAUUAAUCCGCUAUGGGCAUUGGAGCCUCGGGAAAUGCGCAUGCAGGCCGCCUUGCAGCCUCAGGUCAUCAAGAUUCGGAAUAAGAAAGUCGUCAUGGUCACCGACGACCCAGACCGACAGCCAUGGAUCCAACACUGGACGGCCCUGGUCAAACAAAUGAUGCCCAACUUGCCCGACCUAGACAUGGCUAUCAACGUCAUGGACGAAUCACGCAUCUUGACACCUAGAGAAAUGAUUGACAAAUACGUCAAGAUUGAGCAGGAGCGUCGAGAGCUCCUUGCGCCGGAACUGGCGAUGACCAAGUACAGCAGCCGGCAAGACAUUGACAAUCAGAAACCGGAAACAUUCGACCCUGGCUGGAUAUCAGACGACGCAAACCUCUAUUGGAAUUACUUUCGUGAGACCUGCCCUACAGACAGCCCCAGUCGAAACAUCAGCGCCCUCGAAUCCUUCAACGUACCUGUCGAGUACCCGAGCGAGCAGAUGCCGCACGCCUACCGCGGCUUCGUACAAAACUUUACCCAGGCCCGCGAUCCAUGCCUGCAGCCGCACUUGCGCGGACUCCAAGGCACCUUUGUCGAGAGCGUGAGCAUGUCAACCACCACGACGCUCUUCCCGCUCUUUGCCGGCUCCAAGCUCCCCACCAACAACGAGCUCCUCAUCCCCGCCGCCAUGUACCUCUCCCGACGCGCCUUUUAUAGCGGCGGCCGGGGCAGUGGCGGAAAGUGGUCCACCAAGAGGAACGCCCUCCUCUGGCGCGGGACAGCUUUGGGCGGCCGAAACAAGGCCGACAACUGGUGGCACUUUCACCGCCACCGCUGGGUGCAGAUGAUGAAUGGCACCGCCGUCGCGCGCGUCGAGGCCGGCGACGCGGCCAGCGCGCCGACCUUGAACCUGCUCUCGGCCGCCAACUACAGCCUCCCACGCGCCAUGGGCGGCCAGAUCGGCGCGUGGCUCUCCAACUUUUCCGACGUCUCGGGACGUGCUCGUACACGGCCGCACAUGGGCAUCGCCGCGUCCAAGCCCUUGCAGCAGCAGUACCGCUACAAGUACCUGCCCGACGUCGACGGCCACUCGUUUAGCGGCCGCUGGCGGGCGUUUCUCAAGUCGACGAGCGUGCCGCUCAAGGCCACCAUUUACGCCGAGUGGCACGACGACCGCAUGGUGCCCUGGGUGCACUUUGUGCCGUUUGACGCGUCGUACAAGGACAUCUACGCCGUCAUGGAAUAUUUCCUCGACGGCCGCGACGCGCAGGCCGAGGUCAUUGCGACGGAGAGCAGUAACUGGGCGAAUGCGGUGUAUCGGGACGAGGAUAUGAAGCUCUAUGUCUGGAGGUUGUUGCUGGAAUAUGCGCGCGUGGUGGACGAUAAUCGCCAGCGCCUUGCAUUUGUGGACGAUUUACGCAAAGAAAAGUGGCCAAGUUGA